UCAAACGCUAUCAGUAGUAAAUUUGAAUAGUAAUUAAGUGAAAUAUAGUAAUUGAGGUAUUAUAUUUUACUGUGCCUAGUACAGAUAUUAUAACUGAUAAUUAAAUUUUUUAAUUAAAUCAAUGCUUUUAUGUAUAAUCAUUUGAACUCACUAGUAUUUAUUAUCAUUGAUCAUUAUUAAGUACUCAAGAUUUGUUAUUUCGAAUACUUUUAAUAAUGAAUUUGGAAAAUAAUAGUGAUACAUUACUAUUUAGAAGAUCACGACGGACUGAAGAAUCAAAUGAUGGUUCUAUGUUUGCUGCUCCAACUUUCUUAUCAGUUGAUCAAAAAACUGAUUGUGGUUCUACCUCUCUUUUAGAAGACAAACAAUAUUGGUGUGAACAAUGGGUAUUAGCUCAUCGCGAAGGAAACGUAACUGAAGAAAAGAAAUAUGUUGCUAAAAAAAAAUGUGUCGUAAUGAAUUCUUCUGAUGAAACGGCAUCAAUUGAAUCAAGUUUAAAUUUAAAUAAUUUAAAAGAUAUUAAAAACCAUCAACCAAGGAAAAAAAAACUCAAUUUAGAUCAAGUUGAAUUGCAUUUUUACUGUAGUUGGGAAGAAUGCGGGUAUAGUUCAUCCAGUUUAAAAGAUUACUUUUACCAUGUUAGUGAGCAUAUUGAUUUUCUUUGGACUGAAGAAUGGCAAGGAAAUAAAGAGAAAUGGUUUAUUUGUUUAUGGAAUAAAUGUUCAUUUCAAUCAAACUGUGAAGUAAAAUCUACUACACAUGUUAAUUACCACGCAUACCAUACCAGACUCAAAUGUGUUGGUGCUGCAAUUCUAAAUCUUCUAGAAAUACCUGAAUGUAAACAAAACGAUAAUGGAACAAAUAUUUUACCUGAUUUACCUGAUGAAUUUGAAUGUAAUUGGGAAAAUUGCAAUGAACGUUUUGAAUGUAUGCAACAUUUUGCAUACCAUGUCGCACAUCAUUUAAAUAUUAUUGAAUUUAAUAAACAAGAUGUAACUUGUCCAUGGACAGAUUGCAAUUUAAAAUUUAUCAAACGCUCACGAUUAGUUGAUCAUAUGAAAAGUCAUACUUUAGAAAAAAUGUGUGCUUGUCCAAACUGUGGUGUUAUGUUUGCUACUUAUACAAAAUUAAAAGAUCACUGUUGGCAAUCAAAUAAGGAUAAAAGUAAUCAUCAAUGUACACUUUGUCAAAAAAGGUUUUCAUGUGAAAGGCUUUUAAAACAACAUGUUCGUUUACAUAUUAAUUACUUUAAGUGCCCUCAAUGUGAUGCUUCAUUUUCUAGAGCUACUCAAUUAGCUACUCAUAUACGAUAUCGUCAUAUAAAUGUAAAACCUUUUAAAUGUCAUUUGUGUGAUUCAAAAUUUGUUCGUAAACAAGAUCUUACAAAUCAUUUAAGAAUACAUGAACCUGGACCAUUAUUUAAAUGUUCAAGAGACGAAUGUGAUUUUUCUUGUCGAAGUGAAUUUGCUAUGAGAAAACAUAUAGGUAUCCAACAUUAUGAAGGAGGAGCAGAAGAAUUGUAUAAAUAUUAUUGCCAUCUUUGUGAUGAUUUAUUUAUGAAUGGUUCAUUUCUUACUAAACAUUUGAAAAAUGAUCAUAACUUUCAUAAGCCAUCUGGUUUAAAACGAUUCAGGUACAUUGAAGAUGAUGACGGCUAUUACAAAUUGCAAAUGUCUAGAUAUGAAUGUUUAGAUAUUCAAGAGCAAAAAAGUGUGAAAUUAGUCAAUCCUAAGAAAGUUGUUUUGAGGAAGAAAACCCAGGAUAAUCUUUCUAAAGAUCAAUCAUUAGAGUUUGUUGUUGAAAUAGAAGAUAAAGAAAGUGAAGAUGAAGAAAAUGAAGAUGAUAUUUAGUUAAAGAAAUUUCCUACUUGCAAAAUAAAAUUGAUUUGUAUUAUUCCUUUUACUUAAUCAUAUUUUUAUAAUUUAGAAUUAUUUUCUUUUAAAAAACUAGAAGUAAUUUUUUAAUUUUAAAACUAUUUAUAAUUUUCUUAUUGAAUUUUUAUACAAACAACUUGACAUACUUAUAAAUAAAAAUGUAUACGAAAUUCAACAUUAAAUAUUUGGAUAAUA